AUUGGUCAGUCUGAUUCGGAUCUUCUGCACACUUCCUGAAUACCACUUUUCCUUCCUAUUCUUCUUCUACGUGACUCCGGCCUCCGUUGAAAUUUCAACGUUCCAGAUCCCCAGUUUGCUCUCUCUCUCUCUCUCUCUCUCUCUCACACGCGCACACACAGACACACACAAACACAGGCAAUCUCCAAGACAAAAAAUCAUCAAAUCAAAAUGGGUGCUUUACUGAAGCUCACAGACGCCGUACUCUUCCUCUUCUUUCUCGUGAUCGCACUCGCAGCGCCGCUGAUAGACGCGCAGACGUGUCUUCCUCUCAGCUUGUUCCCGCAAGUGGUCGUCGACCUCAAGAGCUGGUACUCCCGCGAGUACGGCGACUAUCUUGUGGCUGAGAAGCCCCAUUUCUUCGUGGGGAUUGUGUGGCUCGAGCUUCUCUUUCAGUGGCCGCUCGCGCUGCUCAAUUUGUAUGGGAUUCUGGGUGGGAAGCCUUGGGUUAAUACCACGUGUCUGGUCUAUGGGGUCUCUUGCAUCACUUCCAUGGCUUCGAUAUUAUCAGAACUAAUGGGGUCUGGCAGGGCAUCCGAUAAGCUGUUGAUGAUGUACUUCCCUUUCAUGGGUCUAGGUGUUUUAGCCUCUCUGCGUGGGCUGCUACCACACUCUGGCAAGGCCACUUCAGCCAUUGGCAAGAGACCUCUGUUGGGCAGGAAAAAGAGGAUUUGAGAUACAACUUAGCAGCUCAAAUUUUGAAAUUUUGAAAUCAUUUUGGUGUUUUCCUCAUUUUUGUCUUGAUGUGUUUUGAAGGUUUUAAUGUAGUGGUGGAACUCCUAACCUAGAUAUGGUGUUAGGAAAAAUGUAUGGUUGAACUUAGAGAUGGUUUCUCUUAAGCUUCACUUGGUUAAGAUUCGUUUCUCUUGUAUCAUUCAUAAGCCAAGUUGUUUGUAACACCUGAUUAAUUGCUCUUGUUUAUAGCCGU